AUGGGUGUUCCCAAGUUCUUCAGAUGGCUUUCCGAGCGAUAUCCGGCCAUCUCUCAGCUCAUUGCAGAGAACCGAAUACCCGAGUUCGACUGUCUUUACCUCGACAUGAAUGGUAUCAUUCAUAACUGUACCCACAAGGAUGCAGGCGAGGAUGUGUCCUUCCGUCUUAGCGAGGAAGAAAUGUUUAUUCGCAUAUUCAAUUACAUUGAACAUUUGUUUGGAAAAAUCAAGCCCAAACAGCUGUUCUUCAUGGCUAUCGAUGGUGUUGCACCUCGAGCCAAGAUGAACCAGCAACGUUCCCGACGUUUUCGAACAGCCCUCGAUGCUGAAAAGGCCCGUGACAAGGCCAUCAGCGAAGGUGUCGAAAUCCCCAAAGAGGAACCAUUCGACAGCAAUUGUAUUACCCCUGGCACUGAGUUCAUGGCCAAACUAUCUCAGCAAUUGCGAUACUUUGUCAACAAGAAGGUGUCCGAAGACACCGACUGGCAAGGAUGCGAGAUCGUUCUGUCCGGCCACGAAGUCCCUGGUGAGGGAGAACACAAGAUCAUGGAAUACAUUCGAAAUGCCAAGGCCCAGCCCAACUACAACCACAAUGUCCGGCAUUGCCUUUACGGUCUUGAUGCCGAUCUAAUCAUGCUUGGUCUUCUCAGUCAUGAUCCCCAUUUCUGUCUCCUCCGAGAAGAGGUAACAUUUGGACGGGCUUCCAAGUCCAAAUCCAAAGAGCUUGAACAUCAGAAUUUUUAUCUACUUCAUCUCUGCAUUGUGAGAGAGUAUCUCGAGAUGGAAUUUCAGGAGCUUGGGGAGGAAGGGACUCUCAGCUUCCCAUUUGACCUCGAAAGAGUCAUUGACGACUUUAUCUUGAUGGCGUUCUUUGUCGGAAAUGAUUUCUUACCGAAUUUGCCCAGCUUGCACAUCAACGAGGGUGCGCUAGCCAACAUGUUCCGGAUUUACAAAUCAAUUCUUCCUAAAUGCGAUGGAUAUAUCAACGAGAACGGAGUUAUCAAUAUGGGACGACUACAGCGCCUCUUGGGCGAAUUGUCCAACACGGAGAUCGAUGCGUUCGAGAACGAUGUUUCAGAUGAGAAAUGGUAUGCAUCAAAGCAGAUGGAAAAGAGACUUGAAAACAAGCAUGCCGAAACAAAGCCGCCGAAAGGAGGUCAGCUUGUACUCACUUCAGCGCAGCGCGACCUGUGGAAGCAAAAGAUCCGGCCGUACAUCUCAAAGCGCUCAGACGAUCCCCUGGAUCUCGGCACCAGUCUCAAGGCUGAUGACCGUAAGUUUGUUCAGGAUUUGGCAGACUCGAUGCAUUUGCAAUGGUCUACCAAAGAGGACGAUGAGGGUCAUCGCCAUCUGAUUGUUUCGUUCCCGCCUAAGAAUAACGACGACGACGACGACGAAGAUGAUGAGGAGGAGGAAGGUAACCUUGCGGCUUACCGAGUAAUGAAGACUUACGACAAGGCUUUGGUCAUUGAUUUGACGGCCGAAGAUGCCCAGAAACAGUAUGAUCAACUGUACCAAGAUAAGUAUCAGGGCUGGAAGACAAAGUAUUACCUUCAGAAAUUCGAGGAGUGGGCUCCCGACAGCUACGACAAGGAGCUCACAGCCCUCUGUGAGAAUUACGUCCAAGGUUUACAAUGGGUCUUGUACUACUAUUACCGCGACGUUGUCAAGGGUGUUGGCGCAGAUCUGAACUUCAAAAAGGGCCAGCCUUUCUUGCCCUAUGAACAGCUUAUGGGUGUCUUGCCUGAUAGAAGUAAAAAGAUUGUCCCCAAGGUUUACCAUGACCUCAUGACAAACCCGGAUUCGCCCAUCGUUGAUUUCUAUCCACGAGACUUCGAGCUGGACAUGAACGGAAAGAAGAUGGAUUGGGAAGCAGUCAUCAAGAUCCCCUUUAUUGACGAGAAACGCCUGUUGGACGCCAUGAGGCCCAAGAACGAACUGUUGGAACCAGAUGAAAAGGCACGAAACGGAUUCGGCGUGCCUCUCAAGUUCACGUAUUCGCCUGAGGUCGACUUCGUUUACCCUUCCCCAUUGCCCGGUGUUUUCCCCGAGAUCCAAAACUGUCGCUGCAUUGAAAAUAUAUUCGAUCUUCCUGAUGUGGAAGGACUUGAGUACUUGUCAGGAUUGACUAGUGGUGCUUUGUUGAAAGUCGAUGCUUUGGCUGGUUUCCCUACUCUCCACACUCUCCCAUAUACUGCCCAGCUUGUCGAAGGCUAUGGAGUCAAUGUAUUCCAGGCAGACAGCAGAAACCCGAGCGUCUGUGUCACUCUGACUGGAACGGAGAAUCGCACCAAGAUUGAAACUUGGAAGGCGAAACUUGGUCAGCGAUGCUACGUUGGAUACCCAUUCCUCCAGGAAGCCAAGGUCAUCAAAGUGCAGGAUGAGCUCUUCAGCUACGAAUUGGCCGACAAUGGUGAUAUCAUGACAAGAGACCACAACAACAGAGAGGCUGCCGACUGGGCCAAGGAAGCUGAUUACAUCGAGAACUGGCACGCUAAGCGACUUGCAAUCACCAUAGGGCAAGUCGAGUGUCUGGUGUAUGUCCAUAUGCUCAAGGGCCUCAUCCGUACGGAGGAGGGUGCCCUGACCAAGGAGUAUGCCGAAAACCCCAGCCUCAGGAGUACAUAUGCUGCACAGACCAUCGUUGACGAAGUGGUCAAUGAAGACGAACGAUUCAUCGAGAAGGAGGCAUUGCCCAUUGAGGAGGAAUUCCCUCGAGGCACUCGUGCGUUCUUCCUUGGCGACUACUCUUAUGGCCGUCCCCUUGAAGUUGCCGCUCACGCAGGCAACAAGGCGGAGGUCGUCGUCUCAGUUCUCAAGAACAAGGAGCAAGAUUUCGCAAAGCAAAUCAUCCAUCAGGCCGAACGCUCCAAUCCUUAUACCCCAUCAUUUGCUGUUGCUAAGCAGCUGGGUAUCCACCCUCUCGUUCUGAGCAAGAUCACUUCUUCGUACCAGAUCAUUAACUCUGCCGGACUACGACUGAACUUGGGACUGAACUUGAAGUUUGAAGGCCGAAAGCUCAAGGUUUUAGGCUAUUCGAGAAAGUCUCAUACGGGUUGGGAGUUCAGUGGAAUGGCGAUCAAACUGAUUGCUGAUUACAUGGUUGCCUUCCCCGACUUCUUUGCUGCCAUUCAAAGAGAACCACAAAAGAGCGAGGUCCUCGAGACAGACCUCUGGAAGGAUCCCGCCGUCGCUUCUCAGAGAGUCAAGGAGAUCGUGGCUUGGCUGAAGAAGCAGGAGACCAGCAAAUUUGAGCGUGUUCCUCUGGAGGCCGAGCAGCUUGACUCCGAGAUUGUCAAGGCCCUGGCUCAUGUCGGUGAACAGGUUCAUGCUGCUUCCCAAGAGAUCGAAAUUAAGAAGUUGCGUAGCGUUCCUCGUUCGGCGCUCCUUAAGCCAUCCGAUGCGGAAAUGGUGCUCGGCAGCCAGAACUUUACUCUGGGAGAUCGAGUUACUUAUGUUUCUGCUGCUGGUAAGGUUCCCAUUGCCACUCGUGGAACUGUUGUCGGUAUUAGUCGCACUGCCACUGCCCUCCUCUUGGAUGUUGUCUGGGACACGUCUUUCAUGAGCGGCACCACCCUCAACGAAAGAGCCCCUGUCUUCCGUGGCCAGACAGUGGCAUCAUCCUCAGUCUUGAACACUUCGAACAAACAGGUCGUUUCAACCUCCAGUAAAUCACAACAGCGAAAGCCAGUCAUUGCUGCGCAUGGUGGCUAUGCGAACGUUGGGGUCACUCAGUACAGAGAUGCGCCAGCCCCUGGCCCUCUUCGCGGGGGGUGGAGUGGAGCGCUGAACGGUAACAACUCACAAGGACGCAACUCCCCUGGACGUGGUCGAGGUAACGGUGCUCGCGGAGGUGCUCCCAACCUCAUGCACAGCACCUUGGUUUACCGAAACGGUCCUCCCAACGGUGCGGCUCAAGGCCAUGAUGCCAACGGAAACGGCACCCGAGGCAGAGGAGGACGAGGUCGCGGCCGUGGCAGCCACCACGGUUCACCCGCUCCUGAUGGCGCUCCUCAGGAACAGAUGUAUGGUAACGUUCCACCGCCCGCUAGUCUUGACCAACCCCGAGGCAGAGGCCGUGGUAGAGGACGUGGAGGCAGAGGUCGCGGAGGACCUAAUCGUGGACGCGGCAACGGAGGAGCUGGCGGUAACGGAAGUCCAGUCGCUCCGUCGUAG